GUUUGUCUUCAUUUUAUCCAAUGCUCCAUACACACGCACUCUCUCUCUCUCUCUCUCUCUCUCUACCAUCCACCAUGGACGACCUUCCUCCACCGCUAAUUCUCGAAAUCCUGAAUCGACUCAACAACUCGGGCGACCUCGCUCGGUGCCGAGUCGUCUCUAAAACCCUAAACGCCCUCUCCAUCGAAGUCCGAUCAAUCAACCUCCAUUGCUCCUUCGAUCGCUACACCAAGUCUCGAUCGCCGGAGACCAAGUCUCUGAUCACGCCAUUCAAAUCAAUCUUCAAGAACCUGGUUUCGAGUUCGAGACUCGUCGAGUCCGUCUCGCUUGGCGUUGAGAAGCCUCUUCGUGGUCUAUCGUACGACGACAUAGAAGAUGAAUUGAACGAUCUUCAUCUGACGGAUGUGGAUUUCGUGUCCAACUGGUUGCCGAGCGUGGCUGGACGGUUGAGAUCGAUUUCGAUUUCCGAUUUCUGGGUUCAAUCUUGUUGGAGACGAUCGGAGGUUCUUUCUUUGAUUUCUUCGUGUUGCCAUAGCCUUCUUCAACUAGAGUUGAAGAAUGCUUGGCUGUCCGUGGAUUGUUUGAAUCGAAUGCCAGUGCUCACAAGUUUGACACUUGAAUUCAUAAGACUAGAUGAUGAAGACCUAAGUAGGGUGAACGAUUGCUUCCCAUCUCUGCAAGUGCUCAAUUUAAUGGGGGUUGGAGGACUUAAGGAGCCCAAAAUCCAUCUCUUGCAUCUUAGGACCUGUCAAUGGACAGUGUCUAACGCACCACUUUCUCUGACUAUACUUGCACCCAACCUGAUCAAACUGAAACUGAAGUGUGUGAACCCAAGGUCACUUGUUAUUGAUGCUCCACUGUUAUCUGAUUUCUAUCUUUCCCUUGAGAAAGCAAGCAACUUGGCCGUUAAGGAGUUCCGUGAUUUGAAAACCCUUCAGCUUGAAUCUACCUAUCUUUGCAGCCUAGUCAGCACAUUUCCAUCCUGCAAGACAAUCAAGAAUCUUACAGUUGAAUCAUCAAAAUGUGCUGACUCAGCUGAAGCGACAAAGUUUGACCUUGACAGUCUGCUUGAUGUCUUUCCGAACACAAAAUCUCUUACUCUGGGCUCUGGGGCUUGGUUAGGAGCGGAGACUUGCUUUCAUGCAGGAGGUUCAGAAGUUAGUGGUGGGAUGAAGGCAGUGAAAGAAAUUAUCGCUCAUUUAUUCGUAAACGAUAUUGAGAUUACCCUGUCUUUUAUUUUCUCUGUGUUGGAGAAAUGCAGCAACUUGACAGAUAUGGCAUUGCUCAUCCACCGGGAAGUUGAGUCCUCCAUAACCAGCAAUCUCAUCACGAGGUGUAUGGCUCAUUGUGCAAGAGUGAGAUGGAGGUGGGGAUUGUGGAAAGAAGGAAUGAACGAUGCCUGGGUAUCCGAUGGCAUCUAGCAUGGACCAAAUUUGUCUGAGUUGUAAACCCAGCUUACUCAAGCUUCAUUACAGUUUGCUUGUGAAGGAUGUAUGAAGAUAUAACCGUUUCACUACACUAUGCAGCCAGAAGAAGCACAGGUGUUCUGUUGACUUUGGUAAACUGGUGGGAGGAUAGGCAGUGUCCUUGAUCUAGAUGAUUGUAAUGGUGCCAUGCUUUCAAGAAGUUCAAGUCGAUAAAUCUUGGUGCCAGUACCACCCUGAAAUACAGUUGCGACUUCGUAUUUUUGGAUCUGUAAAUGGUUUUGCUCCCGCUUUUCUAGGUUUAACCUCUCUGAAUAUUUCAUCAGUUGUUUUCAUGCCUUCCUCCACCUUGAAUCCUUCCCCCCAAACCCCAGAAUAAAAAAUAUGUUGUUGAAUUAGGAACAUGGAACAAAAAAUGGGUGGAUUUGUAGGUGUUGUGUAUGUGUGUAAAAUUUCAUCAACAAGCAAAUGAUAUUUGCCAUGAAUUGACUGAAAUGCUUAUUUUAGCUAUGAGAUGUGGCCAGGCAAUCUUUUUGUGUAUUUUGUAGCUAUGCCAUCAUAUACGGCUUAUGUUACCUUGUGACUCCUAAUUCUCUCGUCUAAUUUUGAGGGAAAUUCUACUAUACACGCCCCUAUCAUAUGUAACUUCAA